AUGUUUCACCAUUUGAGGGGGAAAAAUGCACUGCAUAACUACCUAUCGAGGUGCGCCUGGGGGAAGUUCCCACCUGGGGUUAUCCCCUACCGGAACCGCGGGCCCAAGGUGAGAGGCCUAACUGUGUUGGAAACUUUGAGAAGACCCAACAGUGGUUAUAGUAAGAAGGGCGACCCAUCGCACACCACAAGGCACAGAACGGAUUGCAAAGGUGGCAAAGCAGUUCCCUUUAAAGAAAAGCAUGAAAGAGACGGACGUAGCGAACGCAGUAACAAGCUAAACGCAGAAACGUCCAUGUACUACCCAAAGAGCAACUCCUUCCCAUAUGUGACUACCGGCAUCUUGCUCAGCAUGGUGGGCAUUUCGUCCUUCUUCCAAUUUUUAAUUUACGACUUGAAAAAUUGUGAGGACGAAUCGAGCAUCCUGCUGAGGGUAAACGAAAUCCUCGCCCAUCUGGAUGCCUACUUUAUAAUUCACGACUUUGAGGGGGGCCCAAGUGAAGGACGCAAUGCAGGCAGGCGUGGUGCCGUGGAGUCUAGCCUCUUCAGUAUCAAAUAUUUGACGUCCCCAUUUUUCACUAAUGAAAAUAUCCUACAGUGCGCAGUUCAGUUGUCCACCUUUUUUUUGGCCUCCAGAUUUCUCGAAAAACAAUUUGGGUCCCUUAAGUUUGGCGCCCUAUUCAUAUGCGGCUGCAUACUUUCCAACCUUCUAACACAUCACUUUUUAAAAUAUCUUACGAACCAAAUGGAAGCAUUAAACUUUUUCAGCUUUGUUCUCAUACACCCUUCUGGGUCCAUGGCUUUUAUAUGUGCCCUGUGCUCCAUUUGCUUCAAAAAUUGUGCCAUCUGGAAGGACAUCCCUGUGCACUGCUCCAUUUUAGUCGUUCCCUAUUUACUUUCUUCCUUUUACGGCCUCUUAUCUUUGUACAAAAUUGGAAAGAACAGUUUAGAAAAGACUCAUGGGGAGGUCGAUCAGGAAGGAGGCGCUCCCAAUCAGAGGAAAUCCCUCCAAAAUGUACACCGUAAAGACCAUCCCUAUGAAGAUUCCCCACAGAUGGAUGUGCCAAACGCAACAAGCAGCAGCCAUGCCAACGUCCCAAGUGAAGCCAUGGAAACUUUAAGGAACUUCCUAAUCGUAAAAGCAUGUGAUGAAGUUAUUAAGAGACGCAAAAAGGAAAAUAUGUUUCCAAGCAGAAAGAUACAGAACCUCAAAAAUGAAUCGCUAAAAAAUAUCAACGAAAUUAAUGACAAGUCGAAGAAAAUAUUUUUUGGUUUGUCUUCUUCCUUUACGGACAUAUGUGGCAUCCUCCUCGCAUCGUGCGGGUCUUUCCUUUUUAAAAUGCUCAGGUAG